AGAGUUCCAUUGGGAAGUGUAAGUGUGACUACACCCUGUCAGUGUGUUGUGAGGGCACAUCUCUAUGCCUCAAAAUGCUGUACCAUGCUUUACUAUUAGUCUCUACAUUAACUGUGUCGUUUAGCUUCUUCCUUGUAUACAAAGUAGCAGUUCUAGAAGACGACAUCAACAAACUCAGAGGAGAUAUUUCAAACCUAAAGCCACAUUCUAAAGAAUCCCCAGACGGGAUGAUAACUGGUAUGUCCAGAACAUGGGAGAGAUCGAAGGAAGUGCCUUCCCUAAACUCCCAGCAACAGAGACAGACAGAGAAAGACUCUCAGACUCUGUGUUCCUCGACAGCAUCCUCUCUGAGAAUGAAACGGGAGCAGGCCGGCUGUCGUGGAGGUACAGUAGUUCAGCAGUCGUUUCUGCAGCUGUCAGCCAACACGAAGGAACAGCCAUUUGUUAGAGGAAAUGUGACGGUGAUUCCUUGGAUAGUUGCCUUGCGUCAAGGGGAGGCCAUCUCUUCCACUGGAGACAGAAUCAUCAUCCAACAAGAAGGCUUCUUCAUAGUGUUUGGCCAGGUGUUGUUCCAAAGUCCAGGCACCAUCAUGGGUCACGUAGUGCGUAGUCGAGGAACCGAUCAGAGAUCCACAGAGCUGCUCCGCUGUCUACAGGAGAUGCCCCAGACCAACUGUGCCAAUACCUGCCACACUGGAGGCAUGGUGAAGCUGGAGAGAGAAGACGAGCUGGAGCUGGUGAUCCCAGAUCGACCCCAAGCCCAGGUCUCCAUGGAAGCAGACUCAACCUUCUUUGGGAUCAUGCGGCUGAACUGACGACCAGGAGACACAAGUCACCAGCAGGAGGUGUGGGACUUGAUGUCAUGGACAGGAUGAUGUCCUCCUCUGACUGGAUGAUGUCUUAUUGUUGUAACAACUUUCAUCCAUGGAGAGUUUCAUCCAUGGAGUGUGGAAGAUGGCUGGGAGCAGAAAUGUUAUUUUUCUAAACUAUUUUAAUACGAAUAAUCUGACAAUAUGAAAUCAACUUUGAAUGCUGUUGUGCUGAGUACGAGUGGUGUCCAGCGUACAUUAAAUGUUUGGUUUCCAUGUGUGUCGAUAGUUGAAGUGUAAUAAAGUAUUAUGGUUGUUCUGA